GCACUUGACAAAUUUAUAGAUGAAUUACUUCAAUUAUAUUCGGAGACUACACUUUAAGAGGAAUACUUCUACCUUGAGGAGUCGCUUCAUUGCUAUUGGAUUUCUCACCAUAGUCCUGACCAUGGCAUUGCACUUGUACAGAGGAUGGUCGGCGGAAUCAUGUCCUGAGGACAAAGGAAAAGGAGAACUGCGAACGGACCAUACCUUGGAUCUGUCUGGAAGGCGGCAGAAAAUUCGGGAGAUGAUGCUGCAUGCCUGGAGAAACUACCAUCGAUACGCAUGGGGAUCGAAUGAGCUUUGUCCGAUAUCGCGGCGUGGCUGCCUGGGCGGCGUGUUUGUGAACCACAACUUGGGCGCCUCGGUUAUCGAAGGUUUGGAUACCUUGCACAUAAUGGGAUUUGAGGACGAGUAUAAGCAGGGGCGUGAUUGGAUCGAGUCAACAUUUGAAAUGGACAAUGUAAACGCUCUGCUUUCUGUGUUUGAACUAACUGCCCGCCUGCUGGGUUCCAUGCUUUCGCUCUACGCGUUGACCGGAGACCCCUUGUACAAAAAUAAGGCAUUGCAAAUUGCCGAUAAGAUUUUGCCCGCUUUCGAAACACCCACUGGGAUACCAAAGUCCAUAGUAAACCCCAGAUCAAGGAACGCCCAAUCAAGCCACUUCAAUGACAUUUCGGAGUUCGGAGCACUGCAUAUGGAGUUUUCGUACCUCAGCGACAUCACUGGCAUCGCAGUCUACAGAGAGCGGGUCCAGGGAAUCCGCAAGGUGUUGGGGAACAUGACAAAACCGAAUGGAUUGUACCCAAACUUGAUCAGCUUAAGAACGGGCAAAUGGAUAAGCGCGGACAGUGCGAUAAGUAGAUUUCACGACUCUUUGCUAAAGUCGUGGGUACAGUCUGGAAAAAUGGAUGCAGAAUCCAGGCAGAUGUACACUGAUGCCAUCCUGGGCAUCAUGCAGAAUAUCGUAACUGUAAGUACCAAUGGUGACAUCUAUGUGUCGGACUAUAUAAACGGCAGCCCAAGCCAUCGGAUGGAUCAGGUGUCAUGUUUUUCCGGUGGGCACUUUGCCUAUGGUGUGUCACAGCUGCUGAUGAAGCACUGGGAAAAGUACGCAGAGGUUGGCAUUGGCAUCACAGAAACGUGCCACAAAAGCUACGAACAAACACCCACCAAACUGGGGCCGGAGGUCAUUGUCUUCCCAUACGAUGCACAGGAUCAAUCAUCGCCACAUCAGAAGAAUCGCUUUAUGCUCUAUCCAGAUGUCGUUGAGAGCUAUUUUCUGCUUUGGCGACUGACGAAUGACGAGAGGUAUCGCAGUUUUGGCUGGGACAUCGUACAGGCAAUGGAAAAAUAUUGCCGGACGCCAUUCGGAUACACCGGAAUAAGGAACGUAUAUGACAUGCCCCCGGAACCGGACGAUUUGCAGCCAAGUUGGUUCUUGGGGAAGACGCUCAAGUAUUUGUUUCUGUUGUUCUCAGAUGAUGAUGUGAUUUCACUAGAUGAAUGGGUCCUAAACAGCGCAGGACAUCCCUUGCCGAUCAAAGGUGUAAACGCCUAUCGUGAAUCCGACUAAGAUCGGAAUCGAACAUCUGAUCCGUUUUUCGAUGUAAGUAACAUUGAGAUGUUUCACAAGGCGGUUUUAUUUUAUUUUCAACACCUAUAAAAUGAAUAUAAGUACUUUUCUUGCUUUAAAUACACCAAUGUAAAUGCAUACACCUAUAUAAAAGUCUUAUAAAACAA